CAUUAACACCCUAUUACUACCACGAAUAUGAACUCUAACAACAAUAAUGAUACUAAUGUAAAUAAUACUAUUGAAUCAAAGAUGAAAUUAUAUGAAAUGUUUGCACAAAAGCAUCAACUUUCUACCUCUUCUUCUUUGUCACAGCAACAACAGCGUCAACAACAGCAGCAACAACAAAUUCUGGCAACAACAACAACAGCCAACACCAUGUCAUUUCCUCAUCAACGACUUCCUCCAUCACUAUCCACGUCUUCACUCGUACCACCCAUUCCACCCAACCUACCGCUAUUUCCAACCACUGCUAUUGGACAUAGUGCAAGUAAGUGGGAUAACGCGUUCGUUCUUGUCAAGACUCUCUGUAUUGAAAUAGAUUUGCUCUUAUUUGAUUAGGCUUAUUCAACUUGAGACCAUCCCAUACACCCAGUGAUAGUCAUCUCAUGAACAAUAACCAUAGCAGCAAUAGCAACAGCAAUGAUAACGAUCUGUUUGCUUCCAAAAUUGAACACAUGUUAUAUGAAUUGAAUCGCCUUUUGCUGGUCGCCGAGAAGCAACUAUCAUUAUUACCUCUACCGCAUCAACAACAACAUAAAUCAUUAUUCCAUCUUCUCCCAUCGAACCACGAUAUUAUUCUUGUGAUGCGACAAAUACCUUUAUUGAUCAAUCAAAGUGGACAACCUCAUUUGCUUCGACUUGUGAUUGAAAGAGUGAUCAAUCAGUUGUAUUCUACGUAUGCUAUUACAACAGUCAACGAGGAGGGUGGUUAUAGUAGUAAUAAUCAACAUGUUUUGUCGAUCGAAGUUUAUUGUCGAUUCUUAAAAAUCUUGCUGGAAUUGUCACCUGUCCUCGCCAAAGAAACAGAAAACUGGUUGCUUUAUUUUGAUGAUGAACGUAAGAACAAUGCUCUCGUAACGACAGUAUUGAUCUAUUAUGGACUAUUACCUUUGGAACAAUUGGAUGUAAAGCUAUCAAAGAACCUCAAAGAAAGGAGACACCAUUAUGUGGAUUUUAUUGUGGCUUUGUUGAGACAGGUCAUGCUGAACUGGAAGAUUACAACCAUGGAGGAGCAUGUGUUAGUCAUCCAUGCAUUAAUGGAGCAGCAAGAGGAGAGCGCAAAAAGAUUCAUUACCGAGCUGAAACAGCAGUUGACAGAACAGUAUCGUAAUGAAAACGCAUUUACGUUCAGACUGUUGUUUGCGGAAUGGUUACGAGUGUGCCGAGUGAAUGAGACCCCAUCCAUCAUGUACAAACAAUUUGCAAAAAGGAUUAUGACAGCGGUCUAUGAUGAUGAGGGAGGAAAGUCUGAAAAUGAAAGGCAGGAUCGAGUGUGCUGUUUCUUUAGAGUAUGUACAGAAGCAAGUAUUGACUUGUAUGAACAGCAGCAACACAUCAGUGGACCAUCGACUGUCAGUUCUGCUGGCCAUACCAUGACAUCUCCGGAGAUUGUCGAUGCCUAUACAAAAUUGGUUGGUAUUUGGCUUCGAUCAGCAGCAGCUAUAGAAAAGCAGCAGCAUCCACAACAGCAAUCCACAAGGAAAUUGAAACGUAUAUCCAACAUUUUAUCCAUUCUUAUCCUUGUAUUGGCUCAUCGUCAUGAACGACAGCAACUACAAUUCAACCAAAAGCCUUUCUUGAAACUAUUCAGCUCCAUCUUUGUUGAAUGCUUAACAGCUACUCAACAUUCAAAAGUGGAACAACUGCAAUUCAUCACGCUUUACAGCAAUGUUCUUUAUACGCUACAACCUAUGCAAUUUCCUGGAUUUGCAUUUUCUUGGUUACAGCUAUUCUCUCACCGAUUCUAUCUUCCACUCUUAUUCUCUUUAAAUAGCAGCAAUUAUAAAAAUGGAUUCGAUGGUCAGAGAAUAUGUUAUAAGCUCAUGGUGGCUCAUUUACGGUUUUUUAGACAUAUUUUAAAGACCCACAAUGAAAACAAGCCUCCUAUUCAACCAUUGCAACUGCUACAACCGACGAUAUUUUUGUCCAGAUUCACACAACCUGAAAAAGCGUUUUAUCAAGGCACACUUCGCUUUUUGGUCGUCAUUUUACACGAUUACCCUGAAUUUCUCUGCCAGCAUUGCUUUUCUCUGAUUCGAUUAUUACCUUUAGAAUGUAUUCAAUUACGAAACGUGAUUCUGAGUGCAUUUCCAAGAACAAUGAUCUUGCCAGAUCCAUUUACUACUUCUCUCGAAUAUAUGAAGAAUAUCACAUCAUCAACAACAGCAACCAUAUCGAGCAGUUCAAUAGCCAUGAUGCAACUGUAUUUUGAUAAGGAUAUUGAUGAUAUUCUUUCUGAAGAUGACUACACUGUUGAUGAGGAAGAGAAUGGGAGUGCAAUGGAAGACGAUGAGGAAAUUUACGAUGUCAUAAGGGAUUAUUUAACGGGCAAAUCAACCACAAGCAAAGCCAUUGGAAAACAAAUCAUGAAUUAUUUGAUGAUGCCGUCAAGAGGAGGUCAACAAAAGACACUUCACGCUGCUAAAUUACAGAAACUUAUUUAUUUUGUGGGCCUCCAUGCGCCACCUUUGGACACCACGAAGCAACCUUUGUCAGAGAAUUUCGCCAUUCAAAUUUACAAAUACAUGCUCUUACAGUUACAGCCUAAUUCUUAUCAUUGUUACCUCAUGAUUAACUAUCUGAUAGACCAUUUACGAUAUCCAGCUGACGAUUAUCAUAGUAGGGAUGGCAGUUCUCCAUUCAUGACAACAUCAACCUAUUUCUUCAGUAUCACUCUACUUCAUUUGUUUUCAACAAGUUCUUCAAAAGUGAAGGAAUGGAUCACACGUGUUUUAUUAGAACGUUUGAUUGUGAAUCGACCACAUCCUUGGGGUCUUUUAACAACCUUUAUUCAACUGAUCAAAGAACCCAUGUUUUUAGAGAAUGAUUUCAUAAAGCGAUCCAUAGCAUCAUCAACAGACAUUAAGAGAUUAUUCGAAAAUGUUCUAAAAUCCACGCGUCAUUACUAAUGAAUCAUUGUGGGCCAAAAAGAAAAAGAGUGCUCUGGCACCUCAUUCCUGUUUGAAAGAGAAAAUUGUACAGCCUAUCUAUUGUUUAUUAUUAUCCGCAUUCUUUCUUCGAACUAUAAAGAGAUGUAACUUUUGUUUCUGAUAUUCAAGUCGUUGCGGAUCAUCUGUGAUUUCUUCGAAUAUGAAUUUCUUUUUUGCUAACUGAAAAAAUCUCUUAUCGGCACUUCGUCUUUUACGAUAGGCCAGAUAGAUCACAGUUUCAUUAGGCUUUUGAGCAGUGAGCGCGAAAAGGGUUUCGAUGAGGGGUAUAAAGGCAACUUCAAGAUAAAUACAAUCAGAAGCUAAAAUAACAUCAGCAUCCAGCAUGUGAGAUGGAACGUCUUCGCCCC